AUGGUCGUCCGACCAAUGACCGACCUCCUCAAGAAAGGCACGGCCUGCCAGUGGACCCAGGAACAACGGCUCGCCCUCAGCAACGUGAAACAACUGAUCUCGACCAGCCCCGUCAUGCGCCCGUGGCAGUCUUGCCUACUGCCCUACUCGUACUCCGUCGAGUACAAACCGGGACACACCAUCCCUGUCGCAGACGCGCUGUCCCGGCUCCCGCUGCCGGACACGGGCGGCGCCGAGCCCGACGACGAUGACAUCAUCGCCCUCGUCACGGACGCCGCCGCAGACGUGCUUCCCGACGCAGAGAUCCAGGCAGCAUCGGAAGCCGACCCAGCACUGAAGGAAGUACGUGAAGCCAUCCGCAUCGGCUGGGCUGGCUCGGCGCGCAAGUGCCCGGCGACGCUCCGCCAGUUCUUCGGCGUCCGUCACCAACUCCAGCUGCGCGAUGACGAUAUCAUCCUACGAGGUCCCGACCGUGUCGUCGUACAGGCCGCCCUGACCGACAAGUACCUACAGGUGGCCCACCAGUCGCACGAGAAAAUCGUGCGGACGAAACAGCUGCUCAGAAAUCUCGCGUGGUGGCCCGGCAUGACGCGAGCUAUCACCGACCUCAUCUGCGACUGCCAGACCUGCCAGGCGAAGGACGCCGUCUUCUCCCAGAGUGCGCGCCCUGCCCCGCUGCAGCCGGUCCCUCUCCCGGACCGAGCCUGGUCCAAGCUCGGCAUCGACGUCGUUGGACCGACUGUAGGUGCGCCACCGUCAGCUCGCUACGCCAUCACCGUGAUCGACUACGCGAGCAAGUGGCCGAAGAUCACCCUGACGCCGUGCGUCGAGACAAAUGACGUCAUCAGCCUCCUCAGCACCAUGGGGUCCCGAUGA